UCAACAUGGUCAAGGCUCUAUUGUGGGUUCUCCAAAAUCUCUGACGAUUCACGAACUGCUGAAGGAGCCACUGUAGGCGCUGUGAACGGUGCUGUGCCUUCUAUUUGCAAGACUAUAAAUCUAGCUGUAACGGAAAACAAGAUAAUGAUUUCGCUAGCACUCCUGCUUGGUUGUAUCGUAUUUGCAGCUCGGGGAACGGAACAUGAGUUCUACCUGGAAAACUACGGCCCGCCGGAUUCAAUAUCCCAAUGCAUUGACUUGACGAACUACGCCACGAUCUACUUAACUCAGACUGCGUGGCGACUCAUGUUCGAGUAUCAACGCAGCGUUGCCUUCCAUUUUCCUUUUAACAUGACAGGAAGCUCGAACAUCCUUGUUAUCCGAAUAGCUGACUUUAACUUCGGAAGUGUGCCUUGUACAACUGAACACCUCACGAUUAACGAUCGACGGAUAUGCGGACGCUACGAGGAACUAAAGGACGAUGAGAAGAUCACGUUUGCUACUUCGAGAAACCAUACAUCAAUCAAGUACCACCGAGGCAGCUUCUUUGACCCGAGCUUCCGAAUGAUAAUUCGCGUCUUCGCCGCUCGACGAGUUUAUGAGAAUCGACUUGACCGGUACCAUCUGAAUGGAUCGUUACCGUUCGAUGCUAUGGCCCAAUCCUUAGGCAACGAGCUCGGUAUCUGCCCAGAGGAGCAGGAUUUUUACUGCAAGCUGGACCAGAUGUGCAUCUCAGAGGAUCUCUGGUGUGAUGGCAUCGAGGACUGCAGUGACGGAACCGACGAGAAGGACUGCCUGCGUAUUAGCAUCUAUGGAGUGUUGGGCCUGGUCGCAUUUUUGUUCCUGCUGAUCGCUCUUACGGUGUAUUUAGCGAUAUUUUGCUUUAAAAAAAGCCGCCGAUCCAGCCCAAAGCACGACUACCAUAUCUGUCACACAAACUGAACAACGAGGAACUUUAACUAAAGCAAACAACGGAUUCACGUAAAGAAACUGUGCCGAUAUUCUGAUCUGGUGUCAAGGCUUAUUGAUUUUUUUAGAGAACAGAAGUUCUAGCAGCUUCGGGAGAAAGAAGGACAUUAAUCGUUUCUAUGAUUCUGAUGCCUAACCCCUUGUUAUUUGAAUUGCGCUCAUAUAUUGUAUGUAAGUUUUUUCGCACAAAAACGAAAAUAACGUUAUUUUCGUUUUGCUAGAAAAAAAAUACGAUUAAAUUGAUCAACAUGUGAUGUGUGCCACUAAGUGUGUGCGUAGCGAAGUUGUAGUACUCAAUGUACAGCGUGUGUUAAAUAUGUCAUGUUUAUUACUUUUUUGCAUUUGAAUCUUACGAUUCUAUCGCAAAGCUAUUAUUAACGAGGGAAUAUCAAUACAAGAUACUUUUUGAUUGGCUAAAAAUAUCGGAUCUCUUGCGUAGUGCUUUGCAAACCAGUUAUUUCUUAUACACUCUGUAUUUAGUGCCGAUAUAGUACAUUUCUCUAAGCCACUAUGAAAACGCAGAAUAUCUGUAACUAACCCAAAAACCUGUAGUUACUAAUAUCUAUUACCAAGUAGGUUAUAUUAAUUGGUUUAUUGAGACAUAAGUUAUUAAGCUAAACCGUGUUUCAGACUUACGUAGUACAUAGUGAAAAAAAACGUGCGGAGACGUGAUCUACAAUAAUAAGUACGAGGCUCACAAAUGCACAUUGUGUUAAAUUGAAUGACACUUUUUUACGAAAAUAUUUGUGCAUUGACCCGUCUUGGUAACUGAAAAUCGUGAAAAUCUGUUGAUUUCUCUCUUUUUGACUCAGUAUUACAAACCACGUUAAAUCCUCACACGUUUUUCCGAUACGAAAUUGUAUAGAUAAUGCGUUCCGAAAAUAAAUACAGUAAAUGAAGAAGGCAAGAGAAGAACGUAUUAUAUGUAUUUGAUAAUACGAUCCCUCGUAAAGCAAAAUAUCAAAACGUUGUCUGUUAAAUUUAUUGAGUAGUUUCUUUUGUGCAAUGCUAGCUGGGCUGCGCUACCAUCAUCGAUCGAUGGCCGCAAUAACGAUUUAGCAUAAUUUAGUGAUGUUUUGACGAGGGAACAAGGCAAAGCACGUAGGAAGACCACAUCGAGGUGAUGUCAAGCAUGAAAAACGAGUGUGACUAACUCAUUAAUUAGGACGAUGGUCACCCAUCGACAAGCUCAUGGCUGAGUUGGCGUAGCCUUCCGCAUUGAAAUUGUGUGCUAGCUUCCUUGUGCUGCUAGACACUAGAACUGAUAGUAUAAGGCACAUACGAUACAUGCAUCUACACAUCAAGAUCACGUCGCGAUGUCGUUCAAUGGAGUGGCGGCUCAGUUGUGAUUCGUUGCCACAAUCAGCAGUGGCACGAGACGGGCCCUUUCGACGAUAUUUUUCUAAUACACCGUACGCUCUCAGAUCACAAAUUGGGUCGGCAAUAUGAAAUGACACCGUUUGAUGCUGUUUAUAAGUUUUGAGAAACAAGAUGAUAAAACCAUUUUGAAAAGUGAAGAACCAGAGUAAUUUCCUCCAUCUUCUGGCAUUGUAUUUGUGUAAUAAGGUAAAUGUAGUUAUAAACUGACUAAGAUAUUGAAUCAAAAAUAUAACAAAACAAACGUAACUCCAUUCAUGCAUAUAUAUCUAGUAUUAAACGCAAUGUGUACCUACAUCUCAAAAUCAUCUUAAUCUGUGCUUAACUCAAAAUGCGAUCUGUAGCAUAUUAAAUAUAUUUAAACUCAACAUGGUUAGAUUCAAUAUAGGAGGAGCCAAACUUUCUUUCGAUGUAACAAAAUAUUUUACGAAUGUGUUAAUAUAUAGUCUUUCGGUAAAACGCUAUUUGAAAGACGUCUGUUGUUAUUAAUAUAUAUCCUUUAUUUUUUUGGUAUAGCAAACUGAUGUCGUAUAUUAAUAACCUUAAUAACUGUACAUAACAACAUAAGAGAAACACGUUAUGGGUGUAAUGAUACCGUAAUUCUAUAGGUCUUUAAAAUUUUUACAAUGCCUCGUUUAUUAAAUAAAUAGGUAAAGAAAAAUGCGUAUCAAAAAUUGACGUUUUUUUCGAAACUUGACUUAUUAUUUUGCCAGUAAGGGGAAUAUUCGAAUCAAACACAAUGUUAAUGCGAUGCCAUAAAUUAAAACACUACAAUAAAUUUGAUAGUUUUGUCUCAAGCUUCCGAAGCAAGGGCAAUUUUGUUAAGUUACAGGUGCCUCAUUCGAUUUGCGCCCACACAGAAUCUCGUGCGAUCCUGCGUGGAUACCAUGCAUGCUAGGGAAUUCGUUAGAAAACAGAUUCAAGCGAAAGAAAUCCACUCAUGGUCAUGAACCGGUCAGUCGUAAGCAAUAAAUAACGAUAAAUAACAAUAUAAAUAAACAACAAUCAUAAUUAUCUCGACCUGAACGCCAGAGGCCUAACAUUAAAAAAACAGAAUCUAUCGCCUCCACUAAAUUUACGUACAGUUGUCCAUAAGCCGCAACCUAAAUUUACAUAGGU